GCCUGAUAGCAAGUUUGGUGCUGGCGCGCGUGUUCAACUCGUCCUUGUUGGAGUUGUUUUAUUGUGCCCGGGCGCUCUACGAGAUUGGGGCCUGGUCAGUGCUUUGUCUGCGGAUGCAAUGGCGCUUCUCCGGGGCGUGUGGGGCGUGCUGAGUGCUCUGGGAAAGUCAGGAGCGGACCUCUGCGCGGGAUGUGGCAGUCGACUGCGCUCUCCUCUCAGCUUUGCGAAUGUACCAAGAUGGUUUUCAUCUAACUUCAUUGGUUAUCCAAAGAAACCUAUGACUUCAUACGUUCGAUUUUCUAAAGAACAGCUACCCAUAUUUAAAGCUCAGAACCCAGAUGCGAAAAAUUCAGAACUAAUUAAAAAAAUCGCUGAGCUAUGGAGGGAACUUCCUGUUGCAGAGAAAAAGAUAUACGAAGAUGCUUACAGGACAGACUGGCAGGCAUACAAAGAAGAGAUAAACAGAAUUCAAGAACAGCUAACUCCAAGUCAACUGGUAUCUUUGGAAAAAGAAAUCAUGCAGAAACGUUUAAAAAAGAAAGCGUUAAUAAAGAAGAGAGAGUUAACAAUGCUUGGAAAACCGAAAAGACCUCGCUCAGCUUAUAACAUUUUUAUAGCUGAACGCUUUCAGGAAGCUAAGGAUGGUACAUCACAGGUAAAGCUGAAAACUAUAAAUGAAAGCUGGAAAAAUCUCUCCAUUACUCAAAAGCAAGUAUAUAUUCAACUUGCUAAAGAUGAUAAAGUUCGUUAUUAUAACGAAAUGAAAUCUUGGGAAGAACAAAUGGUUGAAGUUGGACGAGAUGAUCUUGUACGACGCUCAGUGAAAUACACAGCAAAAUAGUGACCCUGAGAAGUAUUAAAAUAGAAGAUUGGAUUAUGUUCAUAAUGGAUAGACACAAGAAACCAAUUAGGUCUCAAUACCCAAAGCUGUUGUAAAAUUAAAAUGGAUAAAAGUUGGUAAACAUUUA